AUGACGGCGGCGACGUCCAGCCAGUGCGGUCGUCUGAGAAUCCAGUACGAGGGAGGUGGUUGGCCGGCGGAUGACAGCAGAGGACAGGUUAGACACGCCGUCUGUUGGUUGGUCGAAAGACCGAGCGAAUUAACGACGACGUGGGACCUGCCGAUCGCUCGGUUUAUGGACGACCACGAAGUGACGUCACCGGCGACCGGGCACCCAUUGGUGGAGUGGGCGCGGGUCGGCCGUUAA